AUGGGUAACCUGACCUUAAUGCCGCCUCGCGUGCCUGACCUUAAGUUGCAGCUUGACAGCACGAAGCUAGAGAACCUACUUUUACGUUUGGAAAUUGGGUAUAGCAAAUACAAGAACCCCUAUCACAACUUGAUGCACGCCACAGACGUCGCCCAGACCUGUCAUGUCAUUCUCACCACAAGCCGACUAAGGGACUACCUUUCCGACUUGGACAUCUUUGCUGUUAUUUAUGCCGCUCUAAUCCACGACUUUGAGCACUCAGGUACAACGAACAAUUUCCACAUACAAACCCAGACUGAACUGGCCUUGCUGUACAAUGAUAGAAAUGUCCUUGAAAACUACCACGUUAGUGCGGUGUUUCGGAUAACUAGCGAAUCCGAAUUCAACAUAUUCGAGAAAAUGCCAAAGGAACAAUAUCAGGAAUUCCGCACUGCUGUCAUCGACAUGGUUUUGAACACGGACAUGUCUCUGCACUUCUCCCAGGCCAAGAUAAUGAAGAACCUCAUAGCGAUUCCUGAAAUAAUCGAUAAACUGAAGGCUCUCUCAUUACUUGUCCACUGUGCAGACAUAGCGCACCCAUGUAAAGAGUGGGCCUUGCACAAGGAAUGGUCCAACUUACUCAGUGAGGAGUUCUUCAGACAGGGUGACAGAGAAAAUGAACUUGGAAUGCCAUAUUCCCCACUUUGUGACCGAAACACGGUGGUCCUGCAGCAGUCUCAAAUAGGUUUCAUUGACUUCAUUGUGGAGCCAAUUUUUGUGGUGCUCGGGGACAUGCUGGACAAGAUGAUGGAGCAUGCUGUGGGCGCCAAGGUUGACGGAGACGACGGCGAAAAGGAAAAUGAAGGUGAAACGAAACGUGAGUCCAUCGACAGUUGUGAAGGGAUUCAAAUUCCAGUUUUACGACCAUGGGUGGUCCACUUGAAGGAGAAUAAGGAGAAUUGGGGGAAAGAGUUAAAGCAACUCGAGGAAAGCAAAGAAUCUGCCAAGGCGAAAAAUGAGAAAAAGACAGAAAAGACAGACGGGGAAGCUAAUCUGCCAGAGCAAUCGAGAAAUGGACAGGAGCAAAAUGGUGGCUACUCACCAAGCAGCUUCGAAAGCAUUGAAUUUAUCGACCGAGAUGGGAUUGACGAGAGUGAACCCAUGUCGAGCGGUCAGACGGAAGUGUAA